UUUCAGUGCAGCUUAUGUGUUGCUAUAUGAAAGGCCAACCAUUCAAGGCAGAUCAUCCCUUUCUGUUUCUGAUCUGUGACAACCGAGUUGAUGUUGUGCUGUUCGUGGGAAGACUUGUUCGCCCUUGAGGAAGUUUGAAAGCCAUGGCUGGAAGUGGACCUGGACUGAAGACCCCGGACCUGGUGAAGCAGGUCGCUACUGCCAAUUCCCAGUUUGGUCUGGACCUGUACAAGAAGGUUGCCUCCGACCUGAAGGACUCCAAUGUGUUUCUGUCUCCCUUCAGCAUCUCCGCAGCUCUGGCCAUGACCCAGCUCGGAGCUCGAGGGGACACUGCAGCUCAGAUGAACCAGGUCCUGAAGUGGACCGACCUCCAGGACUCCGUACAUCCAGGGUUUGAAGACUAUCUGGGUCUUCUGAAGACACAGGGAGACUAUGUACUGACAACAGCCAACAGACUGUUCAUCAGUGACACAUGUCAGCUACUGCCAGACUUUCUGAAGGACACAAUGUUCCACUACGAAGCUGAAACAGCUCUGGCUGACUUUCAAGGCAGUACUGCCAGAGAGGUAAAGAAGAUUAACGCUUGGGUCGAAGCUACAACCAAUGGAAAAAUCCUGAAUCUUAUUGCAGACCUUGAUCCAAGCACAAUCCUUGUUCUGGUCAAUGCAGUCUACUUCAAGGGAUCCUGGGAACAAAUGUUUUCUAAAGAAUGUACCAAUAGAGAUAAAUUUACAGUGAAUGCUUACCAGGAAGUCAUUGUUGAUAUGAUGCAUUCGAAGAAAAAAUUCAAUCUUUGUUUUGACGAAACGCUAAACUGUCAGAUCUUGGAAAUGCCAUAUGUUGGUGGUGAUCUAGCCAUGUACGUGUUGCUUCCGAAAUGUCUUGAUGGAUUGGAUGAAUUGGAACACAAGCUGAACGUCAAUACACUUGAGUUUGCUCUAUCACACAUGCAAAAGCUUAUGGUCAGUGUAACUCUGCCAAAGUUCACACUACAAUCAAGUUUUCAUCUGAAUGGUAUUCUAAAGUCUCUUGGGAUGACCCAUGCUUUUGAUGAGCACAAGGCCGAUCUGUCUGGAAUCGAUGGAACCCGUCUCCUGUACAUCUCCGAGGUGGUCCACAAGGCCUUCCUGGAAGUCAACGAGGAGGGAAGUGAGGCUGCUGCAGCCACGGCUGUUGUUGUGCGCAAGAGGAAGAGGGUCAGAGAGGAUGUGGAGUAUUUUGUGGCUAACCGGCCUUUCUUGGUGAUCAUUAAGGACAAGAGAGCCGAUAUAGUUCUGUUCAUGGGAAGGCUUUUGAACCCUUGUGCAUAGAAUCCAGGGCAGACCAGUCUAUUACAUUUUCAGAUAGGGUUCGAGGCUGUAAUAUGUUUGUAAAUGUUGGUGUAAAAUUAAGAAUGACAUUGUUAUAUUUCAGGAUUUCCUUGUGAUAUCUUUUAUGACCCGACUUUGUAUUAGAGUCUCAUCUUCUUACAUGUUUGUACAUAUUUUAAUGUCAUAUAUUUUCUUUCUUCAUAUUUUGGUGCUAAUCAACUGUGCUAUAUGAAUUACCCUUGGGAUAAUAAAGUCUUAUCUUUUCUUAUCA